AGCAGUACCAACCACCAACCGAAUAAUGGAGCACUCCGACUCCGGCGGCCGCCUCAGCCAGCUCAAGGCCUUCGACGAUACCAAGGCCGGCGUCAAGGGCCUCGUCGACGCGGGCAUCGCCACCGUCCCGCCUAUCUUCCGCCACCCGCCCGACCCCCACGCCGCCUCCGCCUCCGCCACCACCACAUUAGAUGCAGAUGCAAUCCCGGUCGUCGACCUCGGCCGCCCUGACCCUGACCAGCUGGUGGGCCUGCUCAGGGCGGCCGCCGAGACCGUUGGCUUCUUCCAGGUCGUCAACCACGGCGUGCCCGCCGAGCUCCUCGCCGAGACGCUGGCGGCGGUGAGGAGCUUCAACGAGGAGCCCGCGGAGGCGAGGAGGCCCUACUACACCAGGGACCCCGCCAGGCGCGUCAGGUACCACAGCAACUUCGACCUCUUCCAGUCGCCGGCGGCCAACUGGCGCGACACGCUCUUCCUGGAGAUGCCCGCGCCGCCGGAGGAGAUGCCGCCGCCGUGCAGGGCCGUCGUGCCCGAAUACACCAGGCAGCUGCGGGGGCUGGGCGCCCGCCUGCUGGAGCUGCUGUCGGAGGCCCUGGGCCUCCACGCGGGCUACCUGGAGCGCGACGCCGGCUGCCUCGACGGCAUGGUGCUCGCCUGCCACUACUACCCGCCCUGCCCGGAGCCGCACCUCACCAUGGGCACCACCAGGCACUCGGACCCCAGCUUCCUGACGGUGCUCCUGCAGGACGGCGCCGGCGGCCUGCAGGUCCUCCAUGCCGGCCGCUGGGCGGAUGUGCCGCCGCGGCCCGGCGCGCUGGUCGUCAACGUCGGCGACCUGCUGCAGCUCAUCUCCAACGACAGGUUCAAGAGCGUGGAGCACCGGGUGGUGGCCAUGAGCCCGGCCGCCGCGCGGGUCUCGGUGGCCUGCUUCUUCAGGACGACCGGCGCCGCGGCGUCCACCAGGGCGUACGGGCCCAUCGCCGUCGCCACUGAUGAGAACGAGCCUCCGCUGCCGCGGUACCGGAGCGUCACGGUGGCGGAGUUCCUCGCCCACUACAGGGACAAGGGCCUCGACGGCCGAUCGGCGCUGGGCCGCUUCAGCCUGCUGCCCUCACCAUCUUCAGGCCCAUCGUCUAAUUGCAAGCAAACAAAUUAAAACAACAAGGAAUUGCUAGCUAGCUAGCUCUUCCCAACAAUCAAUCGAUCCAGCCGCGCUCACAAGGCACCUGAUCGAAACCUACAAUUAAUCAACAAGCUACAAAUAUAAGCCUUUUUUUAAAAAAACAAGAACCGGUAGGAGAGCUGCCUGUUGCGUUGUAUUAAAAAGGAAGAGCAAAGUUCAGAUUAUAAAACUGGAAUAAACAAAAAAAAACUUUACACUUUACAUAGAGAGUCCGCAUUCGAACUCUCUAGAAGAAACUCAAGCUCCACUCAUUAGGCACGCUAGAUGUUUCAUCCCGGCCAAAAUUCAAGCCACAGCUCUCCCUUAAUCUUCUCUGGCAAUGCAAAGAAGGCGCUUCUCACAAAUAUAUAUGUUAGUGUAUAUUGAGCCCAUGUAUAGGUGCCCAUCUAGAGGCUCAUGUAUAGCUACUA